AUGCCAUUUAAAGAUUCGACGAACAAAACACCACGUCGCCAUCAAAAUGAUAAUUCUCGAAUAAAUAAUAGUAAAACUCCAAAAAGUGCUAAGAAGGAAAAUCAUUCUAUGUCACAGAAGACUCCAAGUCACAGUUCAAAUAUAUCAUUUAACAAAUCAAAAGGUGGUUUGAAGAAGCGUGAACUUACACCUUCUAGAAAUCCCAAUUAUAGUGGUGUUGGUGGUGGUGAUCGAUUCAUACCAAAUCGAAGUGAAACGCAAUUUGAAUUUGCAAAUCAUUGCCUUGUUAAUCAUAAUUCUGAGAGUGAUUCACUUUUAAACGUAUCAGCAUCUGCACCAACCAGUCCAUCAAGAGCUGAAAGAGCUUACAUGAUAAAAAUGAUGCGCGCUAAAUCAGCAAACGAUGUGGAUACUAGCAUUGAGGAAAGAAUUCUGUGCUAUAAAAAGGGCGAAGCACCACUGCCACCAUUAGGUUACACAAUUCAGCCAAAGGUGCUUUAUACAUCAAGCACUUUAAGACCAUCUGGAAGUGUUAGCAAAGGAUUACGCUAUAUACCUAAUAGCCCGGAACGCAUCCUGGAUGCACCAAAUUUUAUGGAUGAUUACUAUAUGAAUGUGAUUCAUUGGAGCUGUGAUAAUGUUAUUGCUGUCGCCUUAACUUAUGCUCUCUAUCUAUGGAAUGCUUCUACUGGAGAGAUUGUUACACUUUUUGAAUUACCAGAAGAAUCUGGUAAUUAUAUCACAUCAGUUCAAUGGGCAGAACAAAACUCGAUUUUGGCAGUUGGACUUUCAAAUGGAUUUGUCAAGUUAUUCGACCCUACAAGAGAAAAUUCUUUGCUACGAACAAUGCAGUGUCAAAUAAGUCGUGUAGGAUGCUUAGCUUGGCGUCAGCAUGUACUUUCUGCCGGUUGUCGGUCAGGACGAAUUUACCAUCAUGAUGUUCGUAUUCGGAAUUUUCAAAUUGGAACAUUUCCGGGACAUGGACAAGAAGUUUGUGGUCUUGUAUGGAGUAAUGAUGGUCACUAUCUUGCCAGUGGCGGAGGUGACAAUCUGGUUAAAAUUUGGGAACCUUCAAUGCUGACAACUGAAGAUCCGGAAUCACUGUAUAGCUUCAGCGAUCAUCUCGCAUCGGUGAAAGCAAUUGCAUUUAAUCCUCAUCAAGCACAUUCGUUAGCAACUGGUGGUGGUACAGUUGAUCGGACGAUAAAAUUCUGGAAUCUUGCUAGUGGAACAUUAUGUCACAGUCAGGAUACUGAUAGUCAGGUUAAUGCACUAGCAUUUACAUCGAACUAUAAGGAAUUAAUUAGUGGUCAUGGAUAUCCUGGUAAUGAUCUAAAAAUAUGGAAGUAUCCGUCGAUGAAUUGUCUUAAGGUGCUGACUGGGCAUACCGAACGCAUUUUGGGCUUAACAAUCUCCCCAUGUGGACAGUAUGUUAUGAGUGCAUCUAGUGACGAAAGUCUUCGUCUUUGGUGGUGCUUCAAAGUUGAUAAAAGUGCUAAACUAAAAUCAGGAACAAAAAGUUCCCGUUUGGUACAGUCUGUCCGUUAA